CCCAUCUCCAGACAGCCAGGGACGCAAAAAUGGAGGUGCUGAAGGAGAAAGUGGAGGAGGAGGAGGAGGCCGAGUGGGAGGAGGCGGCUGAGCGAGCUGAACGGGCUGAGAAGAUUGAGAAGACCACGAGGCCAGUGGAGGUGCGGAAGGAGGAAACCAUUCUGACACAUGACAUGCUCAGAGACCUGGAGAGGAAGCUUUCGGAGAUUCAGAUCCCCAUCUCAACAGAGCCGCCGAUCUUCACCAAGGACACCAUUGACAUCUCCACACUGCCCCUUUCCUACAAAACCAACACACCCAAGGAGGAGCACCUGUUGCUGGUGGCAGACAACUUCUCCCGCCAGUACAGCCACCUGUGCCCGGACCGCGUGCCCCUCUUCUUGCACCCCCUGAACGAGUGUGAAGUAACUAAGUUCGUGAGCACAACCCUCCGGCCCACUCUCUUGCCCUACCCUGAACUCUAUAACUGGGACAGCUGUGCCCAGUUUGUCUCCGACUUCCUCACCAUGGUGCCCCUGACUGACCCCCUCAAGCCGCCCCAGUACCUGUACUCCUCGACUACGGUGCUCAAGUACCAGAAGGGCAACUGCUUCGACUUCAGCACGCUGCUCUGCUCCUUGCUCAUCGGCUCUGGCUACGAUGCUUACUGUGUCAAUGGCUACGGCUCACAGGACCUGUGUCACAUGGACCUGACCCGGGAGGUGUGCCCACUCACAGUGAAGCCCAAGGAGCCGGUUAAGAAGGCGGAGAAGGUGCAGACUAAGAAGUACACCAUCAAGCCCCCGAGGGACCUGAGCAGCAAGUUUGAGCAAGAGCAGCAAACCAGGAGGGAAGAGGAGAAGAGAGCUGAGGAGGCGCGGCGGCUGAGGGAGGAGGAGGAGCGCCUCCUGGAGGCAGAGAAGGCAAAGCCUGACCCCCUGUAUGGCCUGCGGGUGCACUGCUGGGUCCUCGUGCUGUCAGGGAAGCGCGAGGUGCCCGAGACCUUCUUCAUCGAUCCGCUCACAGCACGCAGCUACAGCCCCCAGGACGACAACUUCCUGGGCAUUGAGAGCCUCUGGAACCACAAGAACUACUGGGUCAACAUGCAGGACUGCUGGAACUGCUGCAAGGACUUGGUCUUUGACCUGGGAGAUGCUGUGAGGUGGGAGUUCAUGCUCUUGGGGACUGAUAAGCCUAACCUGUCCUUGACUGAGGAAGAAGACAAUGGGAUGAAUGAUGACGAUGAUGUGGAAAAUCUGGGCAAGGAGGAUGAGGACAAGAGCUUCGACAUGCCACACUCAUGGGUGGAGCAGAUUGAGAUCUCUCCAGAAGCAUUCGAGACCCGCUGCCCGAACGGGAAGAGGGUGAUACAAUACAAGAAGGCAAAGCUGGAGAAGUGGGCCCCCUACCUCAACUCCAACGGCCUUGUGAGCCGCCUUACCACCUACAAGGACGUAGAAUGCAGUCAGAUUUUGGAGAUAAAGGAGUGGUACCAGAACCGGGAGGACAUGCUGGAGUUGAAACACAUAAACAAGACCACAGGCCUCCAUGUCGACUACUUCAAGCCUGGCCACUCCCAAGCUCUGCGUGUGCACUCAUACAAGUCCAUGCAGCCUGAGAUGGACCGUGUCAUGGAGUUUUACGAAAUGGCCCGUGUGGAUGGCCUGACAAAGCGAGAGGAGACACCCAAGACGAUGACAGAGUACUAUCAAAGACGUCAGGACUUCCUCUCCUACCGUCACAUCGACUUUGGGCCCAGAGUCAAGAAGAUUGGUCAGAACAGUGCAGAAUCAAAUCCCCGGCCCAUGGUGAAAAUCACAGAGCGAUUCUCCCGCAACCCCGAGAAACCUGCGGAUGAGGAUGUAGCAGAGCGCGUGUUUGUGAUCGGGGAGGACCGUAUCCAGCUGCGUUACCACUGCCGCGAGGACCACAUCACGGCCUCCAAGCGUGAGUUUCUGCAGCGCACUGAGGUGGACAGCAAAGGCAACAAGAUCAUCAUGACGCCCGACAUGUGCAUUAGUUUCGAGGUGGAACCCAUGGAGCACACCAAGAAGCUUCUGUACCAGUACCAGACCCUGAUGCAGCUGAAGAGUGAGGAGAAGGUGUCCAGGCAUCAGGCCUGGGAGUCGGAGCUGGAGGUGCUGGAGAUCCUGAAGCUGCGAGAGGAAGAGGAGGCGGUGCACGCGCUGACCAUCUCCAUCUAUGACACCAGGCGGAACGAGAAGAGCAAGGAGUACCGGGAGGCCAUGGAGCGGGUAAUGCACGAGGAGCACCUGCGGCAGGUAGAGACCCAGCUGGACUACCUGGCCCCGUUCCUGGUCCAGCUCCCACCAGGAGAGAAGCUGACACGCUGGCAGGCCGUUCGCCUCAAGGACGAGUGCCUCAGCGACUUCAAGCAGCGACUCAUCGACAAGGCCAACCUCAUCCAGGCCCGCUUCGAGAAGGAGACCCAGGAGCUGCAGAAGAAGCAGCAGUGGUACCAGGAGAACCAGGUAACUCUGUCGCCGGAGGAUGAAGACCUGUACCUCAGCUACUGCUCUCAGGCCAUGUUCCGCAUCCGCAUCCUGGAGCAGCGGCUCAAUCGACACAAGGAGCUGGCCCCGCUGAAGUACUUGGCUUUAGAGGAAAAGCUCUACAAGGACCCACGCCUGGUGGAGCUCCUGAAAGUCUUUGCUUGACGUUCUUAGGGCCUCAGCAGAGUUUGGAGAGAAAGCAAUCUCCCUCCACAGCUGGGACCCUAUGCUCCCUCUGCCCAGCUAAUGCCAUCUACUCAGACAUCUGGCUUCACUGCCACCCUGUAGCUCUCUCUGCUCCUGCUUCUCCUGACUUUCCUGUAAAUAAACAUUCAGAAUUUGC